AUGUUCGGAACGAGAUCUAGAGUGCGAGCAACAGAACUCUCUGCUCAGGCAUCCGGGCAACCUCAAGAACCACUCGUCCAGCAACGAGCAGAACCACCCGUCCAGCAACAAGCAGAAUCGCCCGUCCAGCAACAAGCUGAAUCGCCCGUCCAGCAACGAGUAGAACCACCCGCCCACGAACGAGCAGAACCACCCGUCCACGAACGAAUAGAUACAAUCGACGAAGAACAGGGUCUAAAUCAGCGGGAAGCUGGCCAAGACACCAAGGUCGCAGACAAACCUCCCCAAAGACUAUAUUCCCUCUACGAAAAUCCACACUCGAAGUCGCCUGGCUUCAGACAAUCACAACAAGGCGAACGUCUCCUUAACUGGCUGGAAUCUAUCAAGCCAUACCGCAUUCAUCGACCCAGAUCGGACACGAACGUUCAGAUCUUGCCCGAAUUCUACACCAACAUGCCACCUAAGUCGACCUUGAAAGACUCCACCAUCGGUCCACAGGACCAGGGGACCAUUUAUCAUUCGGCAGGGGUUUCUGGCGUGGAACCAGUCUCCAAGGCGAACCCAAGGCCUGUUCUGGACCGCGGCUACCGGGACACUCUUCAAGCAACUGAGGUGAUUCUGCUUGAAGCCGAAGAGACGGUGGCAACUAACAUUCAGUCGGUGAUAGACGUCAUCAACUCUAAAUGUGGCCAAACGCCAGACCCAAAGGGAGAGCUAGGAUCUCAGUCCCUCUCUGAUGAAUGUGUAAACAUGGCCAUAAAUGGCGCAAAUGAGCAAGAAGUCACUCGCUUCUUCGAUUCUUACUUCUUUUCCAAAAAAGAACUUCCCAAGAACGUGCGCCGUAACGAUGGGCCCAUGAGAAGAGAUGACGUUCCUAAAUCCUCCUCCACCGUGGGCAAUAUCAGCAUUCCCAAUCCGGAUCUGCUUCUAGGGUAUCGGGGGAAAAGCUUCCCGCACGUGCAACCCGGGCAACUGAAUGCUUGGGACACAAACCUUGCCAAGUUCGCUUUCCUCUCAGUUGACUAUAAGGGGGACAGUGCUUCCACCGGCAGUCUUUGGGUCGCCACAAAUCAAUGCCUGGUAGCAACUGCCACGUGCGUUCGCACCAUGAUGAAACUACGGGAUGAGGUAAAGACACGAGGGGCUGUGGAAGUGGCUGAUACGCUCGACGGCCAUAUCUUUGGUCUGGUUGCAAGCGGUACGGAGGCCAGACUGUUUAUAACAUUCGCAGGAAACGACGGCAAAAGAAAAUAUAUGAAAUUCAUUCGUGGUUUUCUUUUAUACAACACAGCACAGCGUCAAGACCUAGGGAGGUGCAUCAAGCAGAUCUUCAAGUGGGCUGAAGAACGCCAGGGCCGCAUUGUGGCUGCUAUCGAUGUCAUCUUGGAAAGACGCCUGACGGAGGCGAACAUGACGGCGGCGAACAUGACGGCGGCGAACAUGAUGGCGGCGAGCAUGAUGGCGGCGAACAUGAUGGCGGCGAACAUGAUGGCAGCGAACACGACGGCGGCGAACAAGAGGACCCACGAUGAUGAUGGGGAUGGUCCCCCAACCAAGCGUUGA